GUUUAUUUACCCGUUCCUUCACUACUAUACGACCUCCUCCGCGGGAAAACCUAUCGAAAAAAAAAAUCAGAGGGAGCUUACGGCAUAGAGAGUUAACGAGGUCACGAGAAGAAAGGGGCACAUCUAGAGGAUGGCCAGAAUUAGAGAUAUCCAGCGGACUGCCGCUUUUACGUGGUCUCCGGGCACUGCUCCUUUUAUUGCAACGGGUACUCAAGCUGGUGCGGUUGCCGCUGAUUUUUCCGACAAUACCCAGUUGGAGCUGUGGGAUCUGGGUCUGGGAAAUGCCCAUGCCGGGGGUGAAUUAGCACCGGUUGCGUCAAUUACUACCGAUAGCAGGUUCUACGACAUAGCUUGGGGAAAGGUGUCCAAUGAUAAGCCUCGGGGAAUUAUUGCCGCAAUAGUGGGCAGUGAUCCAUUGAUCUCUCGGACAACAAAGCACAUGGGCUCUAUCAAAUCGCUCCAGUUCAACCCAUUCAAGUCCGAACUUCUUGCUACGGCAGGUGCGAAGGGAGAGCUAUACGUUUGGGAUCUCAACAACACCGAAAACCCUUUCCUUCUUGGAAAUAGGGCUGCUCGGGCUGACGACUUUGACUGCGUGGAUUGGAACAAGAAAGUUCCCCACAUCUUAGUUACCGGAGGAAACGGGGGUUUUGUGACAGUAUGGGACGUGAAAUCUAAGAAGGAAUCGCUGACAUUAAACAAUUUGGGCCGCAAGGCGGUCAGUGCUGUUGCCUGGCAUCCGGAACAGCAAACAAAACUUAUUACCGCUAUUCCGGACGACACCAAUCCGGUCAUAUUACUUUGGGAUUUAAGGAACUCAAAUGCUCCUGAGCGGACAUUAUCUGGUCACGAAUUGGGUGUACUAUCUCUUUCCUGGUGUAAACAGGAUCCAGACCUGCUCCUCUCUUGCGGUAAGGAUAAUAGAACGAUUUGCUGGAACCCACAGACAGGAGAGAAGCUUGGUGAAUUCCCAGUGGUCACCAAUUGGACUUUCAAGACUCAGUGGAAUCCCAGGAAUCCAAGUCUUUUAGCUACUGCCUCAUUUGAUGGAAAGAUUGUUGUCCAAACUCUCCAAAACACAAACCCGACCUCGUCGCAAACCGAUAACUUAGGCGCCACACAACCUGAUACUGAUGACUUCUUCUCUAGAGCAAGCAACGCUCAAACCUCCUCAUUUACUCUUAAGCAGCCACCGAAGUGGCACUGCCCGCCCGUGGGUGCAUCAUUUGGGUUUGGCGGUAAGCUGGUCAGUCUCACAUUUCCAGAGCCUCAGGCUGGCCAACCUCGUCGGUCUGUAGUAAAAAUCUCGACCUUCGCUGUCGAUUCCGGGGUUAGUUCGGCUACCAAGAGCUUUGAGAAGGCGUUGAGUGAAGGCAACCUUGUGAACGUCUGUGAUUUAAGGAGUCAGGAUGCGAAAACCGAUGAGGAGAAGGCGGAUUGGAAGAUUCUUAGGACAUUAUUCGAGGGGAAUCCUCGGGAGAAGUUGAUUGAGUAUCUCGGAUUCAAAGAGGAGGAUUUGGAAGAUACAGACGCAGGGGUGGACACAAAGAGCACCGAUGGUGAAGGUGAAAACCAGAGCUUGGACCAGUCAGAUGGCCCAGCUGCCCAUGACAAACGGCUUUCAUCAUUCUUUGCGGAUGCUGGCGCCGAUUCUGAAAACUUUUUGGCGGAUCUCUCCUCCAUUCAAUCUACUCGUGGGGCGAAGGCGAACAAUCCUUUCCAAAUAUUUACAGGAAACGAAUCUGAGGCGGACAGGAAGAUCACUCGCGCACUUGUUUUGGGCCAGUUUGAAAAGGCCGUUGACGUUUGCUUGAAGGAAGACCGCAUAUCUGAUGCAUUCAUGCUGGCAAUCUGCGGAGGAGAAAAGUGCAUCGAAAAGGUCAAAACUGCAUACUUUACGAAGAAUGUUAAAGGCCCAAACUAUCUGCGUGUCCUAGCUUCUAUUGUUGGAAAGAAUCUCUGGGACGUAGUCCACAAUGCGGACCUCGCCAAUUGGAGGGAGGUGAUGGUCGCUCUCUGCAGUUUUGCGGACGAAAAGGAUUUCCCAGACCUUUGUGAGGCCUUGGGCGACAGACUUGAGCAAGAAUUGGGGCUCGCAGAAGGAAAAAAGGAAGCCCGAAAGCAUGCAUCCUUCUGUUACCUGGCAGGUUCGAAGCUUGAAAAGGUUGUUGAUAUCUGGAUUGAAUCGCUCUAUGAGGGUGAGAAAGCUGGUUUAGAAGAGACUUCUGAUGAUUCAGCAUUUGCCAUUCACGCCCGCUCUCUUCAAAACUUCAUUGAAAAGGUUACUGUGUUCCGGGAAGCAGUCAAGUUCUCGGACGAAGAAAAAAACCUCUCCGGUGGCUGGAGGCUCCGUGUCCUUUAUGAGAAGUAUUGUGAGUACGCGGACGUAGUUGCCUCUCACGGACAACUAGAGGUUGCGGAGAGGUAUCUGGAUCUUCUCCCGACCAAUUAUCCUGCAGCCACGGUAACUAGAAAUCGGGUGAAGGAAGCUUCCGGGAAGGGAGUGACUGCGGCACAAGCUCGCAAGCCACAGCAACCUGUCGCAACUGGAUAUGGUUCCCAGCAACAUCAAGCAUCUAGCUCACCGUACCAACCUCAGCAGCCAGCAGCCGUGGCUACUGGUCUUGCCAAUCCCUAUGCACCACCAGCGCCAGUGGCAGCUCCCGUCAAUCCAUAUGGUGCACCGACAACCACGCCACAGCCCGGCCCAUAUGCUCCACCUGCCCCACCAGCUGGAGCGAACCCCUAUGCUCCCCCGACAGUGACUCAAGGAUACAAACCAGGUCCCUAUCAAUCUACCCAGCCAGCUCAAAUCUCUGGGCAAUAUGGAACCGGAUAUCCUGGAUACAAUGCCACUGGCUUUGGCCAGCCCCCCCCUCAGAGAAACUUCGGUCCCGCUACCUCAGUACCGCCUCCUUCCCAGGCAUCCAAUAUGGCUAAUUGGAACGAUACACCUAAUGUGACCAAAGUUCCUCGCCGCGGGACACCUUCCGCGACAGCACCAGUUACUUCUCCUUUCCCAGGCGCUCCAGGCGCACCAUCACCGCCAACGACGUCUAUGCCUUUUGGUGCACCUCCCCCCAGAGGGUCUUCUGCACCCCCUCCCCCCAAGAAUGCUGCACCCCCACAACGGGUCCAGUCUCCCGCCCAACACCAGUUCAGGUCCCAGUCUCCAGCUGCUCAGGCACAAGCACCUUAUUCCCCGGCUGCACAAGCUUUCCCCCCUUCGCAACCUAGCUAUGCUAGCGCCCCUCCUCCAACCGCGGCGGCGAGUAGGUAUGCCCCUGCCCCCGCAGCUGCAGACGCAGCUCCACAACCUCGCCAAGGUCAAGCACCACCCCCCCAGGGAGCUUUUAUAGGUGCAAGGCAAGUUGGACCGGGACCUCAAUACGCACCUCCGCCAACCGCCUUCGGCCAACCGCCAGCGCCAUCACCUUAUGCACCAGCGCCAUCUCAAAACCAGGGUGGCCAGUAUGGCGCACCCCCAGGACCUGGCCAAUAUGGACCCCCGCCUACCCAAAGACCACCAUCUCAACCCGCUCAAUUGGAGGCCGCCCCGCCACCAAAGGCACAGACACCAGUCCCACCUCCAUCCAAGCAUCCUGCAGGUGACCGAACACAUAUUCCUUCACAGUACCUUCCCAUUUUUGAGCUCUUGACUUCCGACUUCGAGAGAGUCAAGCAACGUGCUCCACCUCAAUUCCAACGUCCAGUCAAGGACACUGAGAGGAGGCUGAACAUACUGUACGACCAUAUCAACAAUGAAGAUGUUCUUUCUCAGGAAGCACUCGAGAGUAUGCUGGAGCUCUCAAGAGCAAUUCCUAACAUUUUGGCAUAG